GCAAUACCAUUCAUGUUGCGAUUACCGAAAGCUGUGCAUUGCAUUGCUUGUUGCUUGUAUUGUAUUUUAUCCGGUUGUUUGGUUGGGUCUUAGAUGGAUCGGGUUAAUAUUUUCUUUCGUUUAUUUUUGUGACUAAUGUAAAAAAAUAUAGAUCUAACACCUGUUAUUAAUCUAUAUAAUAAUGUAAAUAUAUCCACAGACCCUUUUUUCUAAGUGUAAACCUUUUAUCCUAAUGAGUUAUAAUGUAGGGUAUUUCACUGGCUAGUGAAAGAUAUAUAAUUUAGUAAGAUUAUCUACUGUGAACCAUGAUGGCUUCGAUGGCAGCAGGCGGUCCUGGUGACCCGCACACCCAGAUGAAUACGUACAGGAGCUAUGUGACUAUGUUGGCGGACCCCGGCGCUAAGGAUGAGAUCAAGCUCAAAGCUGCACAGGAACUCAGUGAGAACUUUGAGGUUAUCCUCAGUUCACCUCAAUACCCACAGUUCUUGGACCAUUCACUGAAAAUAUUCCUUAAAAUAUUACAAGAUGGGGAACCCCACUUCAUCGCUGAAUACAACAUACAACAAGUUAGGAAGCUCAUCCUUGAGAUGAUACACCGGUUACCCAUCAGUGAGACAUUAAGACCUUAUGUCAGAAACAUAUUGAUUCUAAUGUUGAAAAUGAUGGAAAUAGAAAAUGAAGAGAAUGUCUUAGUGUGUCUUAAAAUAUUCAUGGAAUUACAUAAACAAUACAGACCAAACUAUUGCACUGAGGUUGAUAUCCACAAAUUCCUGCAAUGGGUGAAAGGUAUUUAUUCAGACUUGCCAAAUCAUUUACCAAAAAUAUUUGAACCUAAACCCACAUUAAGGGUAAAGGAUUUGUCAGAGGUGAAUAUUGAACAACUCUUGUCAGAGACUUACACUACCACACCCAUACACACUGAGAAAAAACUACUUGACGGUAGUGUUGUUACUGUGAGUACAAAAACUUACAACUUGAUACCACGGUCUGUGCUGUCCUUGAAAGUGAUUCAAGAGUUGCCCAUCAUUGUGGUGUUGAUGUACCAACUGUACAAGCAAAAUGUACAUCAGGAAGUUAGUAACUUCAUUCCUCUAAUCAUGGAGACAAUCACACUGCAACCAGCAGUUAAUCAUAGACAAUCAGCAUCAUUCAAUAAAGAAGUAUUUGUUGACUUCAUGGGUGCCCAAAUUAAGACAUUAGCGUUCUUAGCUUACAUAAUCCGGAUAUAUCAGGAAACAAUUGCGAACCACGCGAAUUUGAUGGUCAAAGGCAUUAUCGGUUUGCUUACAUUAUGUCCGCCUGAAGUCGCACAUCUUAGAAAGGAGCUGGUUAUAGCUACACGCCAUAUCCUGGCUACAGAUCUCAGGCUAAAAUUUGUUCCCUACAUGGAGCGACUAUUCGACGAGGACGUCUUACUCGGCGGAGGAUGGACCGUUCACGAGUCCCUACGACCCCUCGCGUAUUCAACGCUAGCAGACCUGGUUCAUCACGUGAGGCAGCUGCUGCCGCUUACAGAUCUCGCUAUUGCGGCUCACUUGUUCUCCAAGAAUGUUCAUGAUGAAUCUCUGCCCACAAGCAUACAAACGAUGUCGUGCAAGUUACUACUGAACCUAGUGGAUUGCAUACGGCAGCGCUCUGAGACAGAGGGCGCCACUGCGGCGGGCACGCAGCCGCAAGGACGACAGCUGCUCAUGCGCAUACUAGAAGUGUUUGUGCUUAAGUUCAAGACGAUAUCCAAGUUGCAACUACCCGCACUUAUGAAUAAAUGUAAACAAACAACACCAAUACCUAACGGUACUAACGGUACCACACCUAGUACCCCCACCACGCCAGGCCCUAGCACAUCAGUAGAAGUCAAAGUGGAGGAAGAGAAACUCGCGCCCGACUUCCUGGACAGCCUUACCAAGUCUGAAGAGAAGAGUAAGAUAGGGUUCCCAUCAUCACAAAUGAGUAAUCUCAAUGUUGGUGACUAUCGGACACUGGUGAAGACGCUUGUCUGCGGUGUGAAGACUAUAACGUGGGGGUGUGCUUCGUGUAAGCAAACGACAACCAACACAGAAGGCACAUCAACAACAACAAUAACCGGUCAGAAGCAGUUUAGUGCGCGCGAAACACUCGUGUUCAUACGUCUUGUUCGCUGGGGGCUGCAGUCCCUUGACAUCUAUACUUUAGCGGCUCCCCGCGUACCGGCGCAGCCGCCCGCACAGCCGCAUGUGCGGUCCAAGGAGGAGAAGGAGGUUCUUGAACAUUUCAGUGGAGUGUUCUCUAUGAUGAACCCACAAACGUUCCAAGAAAUAUUUACAGCGACGAUUUCCCAUAUGGUUGAAAGAAUCAACAAAAACACGACAUUGCAAAUAAUUGCCAAUACAUUCUUAUCAAAUCCCGCCACUUCACCUAUAUUCGCCACCGUUUUGGUUGAAUACCUCUUGCAAAGAAUGGAAGAGAUGGGAACCAAUGUGGAAAGGUCCAAUCUAUACCUCAGGCUUUUCAAAUUAGUCUUUGGUUCGGUUAGCUUGUUCCCCACAGAAAACGAACAAAUGCUCCGCCCACAUUUACACAGCAUCGUUAACAAGGCGAUGGACUAUGCUAUGACCGCUAAAGAACCGUACAAUUACUUCCUCUUGCUAAGAGCCCUAUUCCGCUCAAUCGGCGGCGGGAGUCACGAUCUGUUGUAUCAAGAAUUCUUACCACUUCUGCCUAAUUUACUAGAAGGCUUGAACCGGCUGCAGAGCGGUUUACACAAGCAACAUAUGAAAGAUCUUUUCGUCGAGUUAUGCCUGACUGUACCCGUUAGAUUAAGCAGUUUAUUACCUUAUUUACCCAUGCUCAUGGAUCCAUUAGUAUCAGCACUAAACGGUUCGCACACGUUAAUAUCUCAAGGUCUGAGAACGCUGGAACUUUGUGUGGAUAAUCUCCAGCCUGAUUUCUUAUACGAACACAUUCAGCCCGUCAGAGCUGACCUGAUGCAAGCUCUUUGGAGGACAUUGCAAAAUAACGAAGUCGCCAGGAUUGCAUUUAGAGUACUCGGGAAAUUUGGCGGUGGUAAUCGUAAAAUGAUGAUUGAACCGCAAAGGUUGGAGUAUCGCGAGACUGACGCGCCACCUCCUGCAGUACAAGCGUACUUCCAAGACCAAGCAAAACCUAUUGAUUUCGAAGUAGAUAAAGUAAUAGAGACAGCCUUCUCUGCGCUAAAGUCAAGCAUGACAGAUCCGUUCUACAGACGACAAUGUUGGGAGGUCCUCAGAUGCUAUCUUGCGUCUUCCCUUAAUUUAGACGACGAUAAAGCGACACUGCAGAAGCUGUUCAACCACCCGAGCUUUAUCGAUGGCAAAAUCCAAGUUCAAAACGGACCUUACUACAAGUGCACUAAUAGUAUUGUGAGAAACACACAUCGUACCGCUCUCACCGGAAUGUUUGUUGCCGCAGCUAUCAAGGAGUUACGUCAUCAUGUGUUGCCAACGAUGGUGUCAUUAGUAAGACACUACACUAUGGUAGCGAUAGCUCAGCAAGCGGGACCAUUUGUGGAAAGCUCCACACCUAAAGAAGGUCUUGAUGCGCUGGUCCUUGUCGAUGCUAUUGCAGUCAUAAUGGGUCAUGAAGAGAAAGAACUAUGCAAACCUGGCCAUCUAGCGUUGGUUCUUAUGAUAGAAACUGCGGCCACGGUGUUGGGUAGUAGGGAACGCGCUUGCCGCUUGCCUUUGAUGGAGUACCUGGCUGAACGUAUGUCAGCUCUGUGCUACGAACGCGCCUGGUAUGCUAAGCUAGGCGGCUGCAUCGCUGUCAAGUUCAUGGUAGAGAAGAUGGCACCCGAGUGGGUGUAUAAGCACGUGUUUACGUUCUUGAAGGCAGUGUUAUUCGUUAUGAUGGAUUUGACUGGUGAGGUGUCAUCGGGUGCAAUAGAUAUGGCUACGGUGAACAUGGAGCGUUUGGUCCGAGUGUGUGUAGUUGGACCUUGCGGGCAGGCCGUGGAGCCGGAAGGUGACGUCGCCGCGGCUAAGGCCCGCGCACUGCACGAUGUACUUCAGGAACUCGUGCUUCAAGUUACGAGCCCACAUCUACUUGUACGCCAACAGGCAAUGAAAUCCUUGGAGCUCAUAGCUGAGUUGCAGAAGAAGACAGUGACAGAGGUUAUGGACCCUCACAGAGAGGUAUUGGCGGACAUUAUCCCGCCCAAGAAACAUUUGCUGCGACAUCAGCCAGCCAACGCUCAAAUGGGUCUAAUGGAUGGAACUACUUUCUGUACUACAUUGAAACCAAGGCUGUUUACUAUCGAUCUGAAUAUAAACGAACACAAAGUAUUUUUCCGGGAGUUGUUAUCCCUGUGUGAGGCUGAAGAUGCGAUGUUAGGAAAGCUACCAUGUUACAAGGGCGUCAACUUAGUCCCCCUACGGGCUUCCGCUCUUAAAGCCUUGGCAUCCUGCCACUACAUUCAGGAGAAGCACUGUCGCGAGAAGAUAUUCCAAGUAUUGUAUAAAUCUCUUGAGAAGAAUGACCAGGAGUUGCAACAAGUCGGUUUCGAAUGCAUGCAGAAAUUCUUAUCUGGGUUCCAAAUCGAUAUGGAGAUGGUUCAUCCAGUAAUGCGACCACUCUUACUUACGCUUGGUGAUCACCGUCACCUUAGCGUCAAUGGAGCCAAGAGGCUCUCUUACUUGACCCAGCUGUUCCCUUCGACCUUCAGCGAGAAACUCUGUGAACAGUUGCUGCAGCUGUUGAAGAAGCUUCUAGACUAUUCUAUACAGACCAACAGAGGUGGCAACUUCCUCCAGAGUGUAUCAAAGAACAAUGAAAAUGAACAGAAGAUAAUAAUUCUAAUCGGAAUCUUCCAUCAAAUACCGGCAGCGUCACCCCGCUUUAUAGAUGUACUUUGUCGGCUAAUAUUCCACACUGAGAAGUCGCUCAUGAUUGAAGCUGGAUCUCCGUUCAGGGAGCCACUUGUUAAGUUCUUAAUGAGGUAUCCCAAAGAAACUUUGGACCUCAUACUGAGCGACAACAACAUCAAAGAUCAACAGUGGAGCCGAUUCCUCGUGUUCCUGAUAAAGCAUCCAAAAGCUGGACCUCCAUACAGGGAGGCCCUCCAAACUGCUAAGAAACCUCGUCUCAUGCAGCUGUUGGCUAACCCCAAUAAUUCUAAUCUGCCAAUGGCCGAUAAGUCCGAGAUGCAGUUCCAAGCUAUACGUGUCGUGUCAUUGCUGAUCAAGUUUGAUGAAAAAUGGCUGUCGACCCAACAGGAUUUGGUCGAACUACUUAAACGUAUCUGGUGCAGUGAUCAGUAUCACGAGGUCCACAAAAAAGUGGAAAUUGUGGACUGCACACACUGGAAGGAACCCAAACUUAUAGUGAAGAUAUUACUGCAUUACUUCGUCCAGCACAAGUCCAACAUAGACAUGUUGUUCCAGCUUCUGCGAGCCUUGUGCGACCGAUUCAUUCCUGACUUCCAAUUCCUACGCGAUUUCUUAGAGAACACAGUAGCGCAGACUUACGACGUGGAAUGGAAGCGUGCCGCAUUCUUCCGCUUUGUGGAGCACUUCUCUAGUGACACCAUGUCGCAGGAGCUGAAGGCCAAAGUCCUACAGAUGAUCCUGAUCCCGUGCUUCGCGGUCAGCUUCGAGAAGGGACAGAAGAUUGUGGGCGGCCCGCCGGCGCCCUAUCAGGAUAACCCAGACAAUGUCGUCUCCGUGUUUAUUAAUAACGUAAUUGAUCCAGAAAAUCCCUUCGCAUGUUCGGAUGCGGUCCGAAUCUCGCUCCUACAGUUUGCUUGUCUGCUGUUAGAGCAAGCCUCGGCUCAUAUACACGACGCGAAUAAUAAGAAACAAGGCAAUAAACUCAGGAGACUCAUGACAUUUGCCUGGCCUUGUCUGCUUGGCAAGAAUUAUGUUGAUCCUGCGACUAGGUAUCACGGUCACUUGCUCUUAAGUCACAUCAUAGCGAAAUUCGCAAUCCACAAGCGGAUCGUGUUGCAAGUAUUCCAUAGUCUAUUGAAGGCGCAUGCGGUGGAAGCCCGCUCGGUUGUCCGCCAGGCGCUAGAGAUCCUGACGCCGGCGAUGCCGCAGCGCAUGGAGGACGGUAACACGAUGCUCACGCACUGGACCAAGAAGAUCAUUGUUGAGGAUGGACACUCCGUUCAACAACUCUUCCAUAUAUUGCAGCUAGUUGUUAGGCAUUACAAGGUUUAUUACCCAGUCCGCCAUGCACUCGUAGGCCACAUGGUGGCGGCGAUGCAGCGGCUCGGCUUCUCGGCGACUGCCUCCCUGGAACACAGGCGACUCGCCGUCGACUUGGCAGAGGUCGCGCUUAAGUGGGAACUGCAAAGGAUUCGUGAUCACACUCAUGAUGAGAACGUGGCGGUGACAUCUCCAAGCGGCGCAGUCAAGCGAGUGUCUUCAGACGAAAGUGGUUCAGAAGCCCGCAAAGCGCUCAACACUGGUUGGGCCAGCCCGCAGGCCAGCGCCUCGCGCAUGGAGCCCGACGCUGCCAAGCCGCUUGACCGGCAGCAUGUCGACGUUGUUGUCAACUUGCUGCUCAGACUUGCAUGCCAAGUGCAGGUGAACGAGGGCAGCGUGGCGGCGGGCGGCGCGACGGGCGCGUCCCCGGGCGAGCAGCUGUCGCGCCGCUGCGUGCUGCUGCUCAAGACCGCUCUCAAGCCCGACGUGUGGCCGCAUCUGUGCGAGCCCAAGCUGGCCUGGCUCGACAAGGUAUUCUCAACGGCAGACGCUAACGCGGGUGGCUGCGCAAACGCAUGCACAGCUCUAGAACUGCUCGUAUAUCUGCUAGGCGUACUACGUCGAGAACAAAUACUAGUCGCCCUGAAGCCACUGCAGCGAGGGCUGGCGGCCUGCGUGUCUUCAACCAACCCUAAAAUUGUGCGACUAACACACAAUCUACUCGCAAAACUUACUGCGAUAUUCCCCACGGAACCGACUGGCGCUGCUCAAGCGUCAAAGUACGAAGAACUAGAAACCCUUUACGCAUGUGUCAGUAAGUACGCAUUCGAAGGCCUCGCAACAUACGAGAAGUCAGCAGGCGGGCAAGCAGCUAGCACGAGUACUGGCACGGCGGCCGCCACGCCGGCCACUGGCACCAGCGCGCUGCUCGGCCCGCUCAUGAUGCUGAAGGCUUGCUGCGCGUCGAGCCCGGCCUAUAUAGACAGGCUGCUGCAGCCGCUCAUGAGGGUCUUGCAGCGCAUGGCUAGAGACCAUGUUGCGCCUAAUCCGGAUCAUGCUUUGGCUGACUUGCUUAUAUUGGCCCUGGAUCUUCUGAAAGCACGCGUAUCAGUGAUGCCCGUGGAUACAAGGAAAACAUUUAUCGGCACAGUUUUGGUUGGACUUAUCGAAAAAACCACAGACGCCAAGGUGAUGAAAGCAAUUAUCCGCAUGGUGGAGGAGUGGGUGAAGUGGCGCGGCGUGGUCCCGGGCGCGGCGGGCGCGGCCCCCGCCGCCGGCGCCGCGCCCUCGCUGCGGGAGAAGUCCAUCCUGCUCGUCAAGCUCAUGCAGUACGUCGAGAAGCGCUUCCCCGACGACCUCGAGCUCAACGCCAUGUUUCUCGAGCUUAUUAACUAUGUAUACAGAGAUGACCACCUAAAAAUGACGGAGCUAUCAAUGAAACUCGAACCAGCUUUCCUCGCCGGCCUGCGAUGCCCGCAGCCCAACAUCCGCGCUAAGUUCUUCGAGGUGUACGACCAGAGCGUGCGCCGGCGCAUCUUCGACAGACUGCUGUACAUCAUCUGCUCACAGAACUGGGAACAUAUUGGACAACACUUUUGGAUCAAACAGUGCCUUGAGUUACUUCUUGUUACGUGUGUUCCAAGUACUCAGAUCCGUCUCUCAAAUCCCAAAUACCUGCUACCAAGUAUAUCAUCCGUCAUCAACUCGGCUGACAGCGAAGACCGCAAGUCCUUCGUGAUCUUCAGCAGUGUGAAAGAGGAAUCGACAGACGGCUUCAGUGACUCACUAGAAGCAGAUAAAGAGGAUGUUCUUGAUAUGGAUCUGGACUCCAGCUCCAAUCAGAAAGAGGAUUGUACUAAAACUGUUACCAACAGACUGCGCACGUUGAACCAGAUAGUGGGCAAGCAGUCGGAGUUCCUGGAGCUGGCGCGGCGCGUGCGCACGGAGCAGCUGGUGCUGGCGGCGGCGCAGCUGUGCCACAUGGACGACGCGCUCGCGCACCACUCCUGGCUCGCGCUCUUCCCCAAGCUCUGGGCCACGCUCGACGACAGGCAGCUGGGGACUGUUAUAAACGAAAUAGUCCCGUUUAUAAUAUCGGGCGUGCACGUGAUACAGCGGGAUCAACCGCUCAGUGCGCUCAACACGUUCAUAGAAGCACUCGCAAGAUGCAACCCGCCAGUCAGCAUCAAGCCGCCUAUGAUGAAGUACUUAGGCAAGACACACAACCUGUGGCACCGUAUGACUCUCAACUUGGAACAGAUGGCCUUCGACCAGGCCAGCGGGCGCACUCAGCGCGAGCCACUCGAGAUUUAUGACUACGAAGUCGAAACAACUUCACCUACUGAAGUGCUAGAUUCACUGAGCGAUAUGUAUGAACUACUGCAAGAGGAAGACAUGUGGUCGGGCCUGUGGCAGAAACACGCGCGAUACCGCGAGACCAACGUCGCCAUCGCGUACGAACAGCAAGGCUUCUUCGAGCAGGCGCAAGCUGCGUACGACGUCGCUAUGGCUAAACUAAAACAAGAAUACACAGCGAAUCCUUCAUCUUACAACAUGCACAAAGAAUGCACUUUGUGGACACAGCACUGGCUAAAGUGCGCAAAGGAGUUGAACCAGUGGGAUUCACUCCUAGAGCUGGGCCUAACUAGGAGUGGUAGGGACCCUUUCCUCAUAUUGGAGAGCUCUUGGAGGAAUCCUAACUGGACUACAAUGAAGGAGGCACUCGCUGAAGUAGAAUACAACUGUCCGAAGGAGUUGGCGUGGCUGGUGAACCUGUACCGCGGCUACCUGUGCAUCUGCGCGGGCGGCGAGGCGCAGCUGCCCGGCGUGGAGCGGCACGCGGAGGCGGCGGCGGCGCAGGCGCUGCGCGAGUGGCGCCGCCUGCCGCGCCUCGUCAGCCACGCGCACCUGCCGCUGCUGCGCGCCGCCCAGCAGCUCAUGGAGCUCAGCGAGGCCGCGCAGAUACACACCGGUUUGCUGCACAGCCGGCCAACAUCCCUCCACGACAUGAAGGCCAUAGUGAAGACGUGGCGCAACCGCCUGCCCGUGGUGGCGGACCCGCUGUCCCACUGGGGCGCCAUCUUCACGUGGCGCCAGCACCACUACCAGUUCAUCGCGUCGCACUACGACUCGCAGACCGACCACGCGACCAACCACAGCAUGCUCGGUGUUCAUGCAAGCGCCCAGGUCUCUACCACAAUCCAUAGUUCAGAUGUAAGUAAAGCUAUAAUUCACUUCGCAAAGAUAGCAAGAAAACACAAUCUGUCAGGCGUAUGCCUAGACUCGCUACAUCGCAUAUACACAAUACCUAGUGUUCCGAUCGUGGAUUGUUUCCAAAAGAUUAGACAACAAGUCAAGUGCCACAUACAGAUGUCCUGGACCGAGGGCAAGGAAGAGUUACAGGAAGGUUUGGACAUGAUAGAAUCGACAAACUUCAAAUAUUUCACUAAAGAUAUGACAGCAGAGUUUUACGCGUUUAAAGGAUUGCUUUUAGCUCAGCUCGGACGGUCGGAAGACGCGAACAAAGCAUUCGCAGCCGCCGUCCAGCUGCACGACACUCUAGUCAAGGCGUGGGCUCUCUGGGGUGAUUAUUUAGAACAAAUAUUUAUAAGAGACCCGAGACAGAUACAGGUGGGCGUCUCUGCCAUGACCUGCUUCCUCCACGCUUGUCGGCACCAGAACGAGUCGAAAUCAAGAAAAUAUUGCGCCAAGGUACUCUGGAUGCUAAGUUUCGAUGAUGAAAAGAAUAGUCUUGCUGAAGCAUUAGACAAAUACUCUGUGGGCGUUCCGCCCGUCCAAUGGUUGCCAUGGAUACCACAACUACUUGCAUGCCUUGUCCAAUAUGAUGGAAAUGUCAUUCUCAAUCUUUUAAGCCAUGUUGGUCGACUAUAUCCACAAGCGGUAUACUUCCCAAUCCGCACGCUAUACUUGACUUUGAAGAUUGAACAACGCGAGAGACAUAAAACAGCUGAGAACAUCGCAGCGAACCUACCACACCAGCCCACUACCUCUGCUGCCAGCAGCAAGGUGAGUGAGAGCGCAUCGUCUUCGAGCAGUGGCUCCACGGGUGAAGCGGGGACCAUAAAGGCCACUUUGCCCAUGUGGCGCUGCUCCAAGAUAAUGCAGCUACAAAGGGAGAUACAUCCCACUGUCCUCUCGUCGUUAGAGGGCAUCGUCGAUCAGAUGGUAUGGUUCAGAGAGAACUGGUACGAGGAGGUACUGCGCCAGCUGCGCGCGGGGCUGGUGAAGUGCUACGUGGUCGCCUUCCACCACCGCACCGCCGUCGCCGACGCUACCGUCACGCCGCACACGCUCAACUUCAUCAAGAAAGUCGUAUCCACCUUCGGCAUUGGUAUUGGUAUAACUGCAUCAGAGAGUCUCGCCCGUCGCGCGCAGUCCACGGUACAGGACCCGGUCUUCCAGAAGAUGAAGAGCCAGUUCACCGCCGACUUUGACUUCUCGCAGCCAAACGCCAUGAAGCUGCAGAAUCUUAUACAGAAACUGAGGAAAUGGGUCAAAAUCCUGGAGGCCAAGACAAAGGUUCUGCCAAAAUCAUUCCUUAUUGAAGAAAAAUGCAGGUUCUUAUCCAACUUCAGUCUAAAGACAGCUGAAGUAGAACUACCUGGGGAGUUCCUACUGCCCAAGCACACUCACUACCACGUGCGAAUAGCGAGAUUCAUGCCUCGAGUUGAAAUCGUACAGAAACACAACACGUCUGCACGCAGACUGUACAUUCGCGGGCACAAUGGAAAGAUAUAUCCGUACCUAGUGGUCAAUGAUUCCGGACUAGGUGAUGCAAGGAGGGAAGAGCGAGUCCUACAACUGCUUAGAAUGCUGAAUCAUUAUUUAGGAAAGCAAAAGGAGACGUCUCGAAGAUUUUUGCACUUCACUGUACCACGAGUAGUCUCUGUGUCGCCGCAAAUGCGUCUCGUGGAAGAUAAUCCUAGUUCGGUCUCCUUAUUGGAUAUUUAUCGCACUGAGUGCGCGAAUAGGGGAGUGGAAUACGACGCUCCAGUCGCCCGUUACUAUGAGAGGCUUGCGGCAGUCCAAGCCCGCGGCUCGCAAGCAUCACAUCAAGUCUUGCGAGACAUUCUCCGUGAGGUACAAGCUACAAUGGUGCCAAAGGGAAUGUUACGCGAGUGGGCCGCCGCAACAUUCUCAGCACCCACCGACUACUGGACGUUUAGAAAGAUGCUCACACUACAGCUGUCCCUAGCUAGCUUCGCAGAAUAUGUACUACACCUCACCCGACUCAACCCUGACAUGAUGUACGUCCAUCAGGAUUCGGGACUCCUAAACGUGUCCUACUUCAAGUUCGACGUCGAUGACACCACAGGUGAAUUAGAUUGCAAUCGUCCAGUGCCGUUCCGCCUCACGCCGAAUAUUUCUGAGCUUCUGACGACUAUUGGCAUCACGGGACCGCUAACAGCAUCCGCUAUUGCCAUCGCUCGCUGUCUUGUCACACCAAACUUUAAGAUCCAGUCCAUUCUCCGCACGAUCUUGCGAGAUGAAAUGGUCACUGGCUAUAGAAAACGGUUAGAAGACAAAUCAGGUAUGCCAACAGCAGGAACAUCAACAGAGAACAAGCCGGUGGAGAUGGACAACGAAACUAUCAUCAACAUGGUUAACAAGGCUGUGACAGUCAUUAUGAACCGGCUUAACUCUAUGGCACUGUUUGAUGGGCCUGACAGCAAGGUGGCGACACUGGUGACGGCCGCCAAUAGUCAUGACAACCUGUGUCGAAUGGACCCGGCGUGGCACCCCUGGCUGUAAACUCUCCAAAGAGGACUUAAUAUAUUAGGCUGCUAACAUCAACAAUUCUCCUAUGGCUUAUACUGGUACCCAAUUUUAUAGAACCGAACAAUAUUGUAAGUGUAACAAUGGACAUAAUAAGUAGCUGGUGAACUGCUGCAAGAUACUUGAUGCAUUUAUGUUAACAAGAACUGAGGCGCAUGGAAAAUUAAUGUGAAAGUGGUUUUAGUUUAAGUUAUUAGUUUUUUAAUUGUCUAGAUUCUCAGGUAAGGAAUUACUACAAUUUGACUCAUGAGUUUAAAAGUCGACAUUAAACAUUGGGAAAUAGAUCGAAUAUGUUGCUUCUUGUGAAUUUAAACCAAGGAGAAGGACAUUUUUUUUUUAUAUUAAAAAUAGAUUGUGUUAUAUAUUGCAUCGACAUAGUAAUAGUACAGUUUUUUUAAAUACUUUUUUUAUGUGUAUAUGUUAGCAAUAGGACCUGUGUUACUUAUCGUCAAUAAUGUAGUCAAGUUGAUUCAUGAUUCAUGAUUGAUGAAGUUGAUUAUUCAUGGGAAAAAAAUGGGUAGUUCUUAAAUAUAUUCUUGCAAUUCGUAGUUUCAUUGUAUAAAAAAAUAUUGGGCAUUAAAAAUAAUAGUAUUUAAAUAGAUGAAUGUUUCCGCACUAAGUAUAAUUUAAUAAAUAACAAAAUGUUUGUCGUUAUCAACUUCUCAAUAGGAGCUUUAUAUAAAUUAUUGUAUUACCAUAUUGUUCUAAAAGCCAAUGUAUUAAUGUUUAAUCCCAGGUUGCCUUGUAUGUAGUAAAGUAGGAAAUUUUCUAAAUGUUACUUAAGUGUUUCUUAUAACUUAUCAGCUAUGUGUCUAUAGGUUGUGUUAAAUGGUAUUUGACAAAUAAAAAUUACUCAGACAGAUGACUUUUUAAAGAAUAUUGGAUUUUAGUUUUUAUUUUAUCAAAUCACUAAGAUAAAAGGCAUCAAAAAUGAAGUUUUUAGUUUGCCAGUUAAAAGUGAACUGGUAAAAUAAAUGUAAUUGACAAAAUCUCCGAAAUUAGAACACACGUGUAGCAUAAUGAAAAUGCUCAUCAUUUUCAUUAUUUUGACAAAAUGAAAAGUAAAAAUCCAAUAUUUUAUAUAAUCUGUCAUUAAUUAGUUUUUUUUUGCGUCAUGGCGAGUUCAUUUUAUAGGAAAGGCACUAAUGUUGUAGGUAAGUCUGUCCAUUGGUCUAUUCAUUUAAAUAACUUUGUAAAUAAACAUAAUUUAGCUUGUAUAUUAAAUGUUUAAUGUGUUGUUGAUUAUUUUUUGUAAUUAAAUUUAAAGUGAGACAUUUUAGAUUAUUAAAUGUUGAUUUUUGGGUUAAGAUGCAUAAAGCCUAUUGGAAAGUAAUCUGCUUAUCUGUGUCCUACACUAAUACUGCGCGUAUAAAGCCAGUUGAAAUAGGUAGACUUAAAUAUUCUUCUUGUAACGGAUUUAGUACAUUUGUAACCAUUUUAAUCAUGUGCUUCACCGACACAUUACUGCAUUAUUACAUCUUUAGGUUAAGAAAAUGACUUUAAAUUUUAUCUGUUAGUCAAUAUUGUAAACUGUACUUUUGUGAUCCCAAAAGCGGAAAGUAUUAAAAUUUAACGAUUAUUCUUAA